AUGGGUAAAAAAAAUAACCAUAAAAACAACAACAAAAACACAGCCAAUGGUAACAACAUACAACCCAAUAAAACUGUCAACUUCUCUUCUCAAAAAGUGGUAAAACCUGAGGAAAACCAUACAAGUACUAUAGAUCAUAAUGAAAAGGCAAUGGACUCAAAGGAACUUAAAGCCGAAGAGAAAAUAGAGGACCAUUCUAAUUCAGAAUCACUUAAACAUCAAGAUGAUACAAAGUCUGAUACUAGUGAAAUCGUUAAGAGCUCAGAAGAUGAUAAAGAAAAAUUAAUAAUUACAUUGCGUCAAGAGAAACACCAGGUGGAAACCCAAUAUAACACAUUAUUAAGUAAACUUUCCUCUAUGAAAUCGAUUUUCAAAGAAAUGCAGCAAUCAAAACAAGAAUUGGGUAAUAUAAAGGAACAAUUGGGUGAAUAUGAAACACAAAAUUUGAAAUUAAAAAAUAAAGUUAAAUCGUUGCAAUCUGAAAAUGUUCAGCUAACAGAAACUAUUAAUGCGUUUAGCGAAGAGUUUGAAGAUCUAAAAAGACAAUUAAAAAUCAAGGAACAAGAAAUUAAGGCAUUAAAUAUUAAGCUUAAAAAUUGUGAUAAAGAAUUAACCGAAGACAAGGCUUCUUAUAAACGAAGAGUUGAGGCUUGGGAUCUUAUAAAGAAGGAUUUAAAUGAUAGAAAUACGGAGCUAAAAAUGUUGUUGGACAGUCGUAAACAUGAUAAUGAAUUGAUUUUGCAAGAAAAAGAGAGUUUAAAACAGCAGCUAAAGGAUCUAGCGGAACAACAAGAAAAUUACAAAGAUGAUAUUACUGCAUUGAAAAAGGAAUCUUCUGUAUUAAAUGAUAAUUUAACAAAGACUGUCGAUGAUAAGGAACUUGAAAUUUCAAAAUUGCACAAAACUGUAGAUGAAUUAGGAAAUCAAAUAAAAGAAAAGAAUGAAGAAAUUUAUAAGUUAAAUGAAUUACUCAAUAAAGUAAAAGAAGACGCGGAAUUAAAGGUUAAAUUUGAAGAGGAAUCAAAAGCGCGUUCAUUGCAAAUUGGAAAAUUACGUCAAGAAGCAAUUAUAUUAAAUGAACAUUUAACAAAAGCCUUAGCCAUGUUGAAGAAAUCCAGUGAUUCAGAAACCGUCGAUAAAGAAUUAAUAUCGAAUUUAUUUAUAUCAUUUGUUUCAAUACCAAGAGGUGAUCCAAAAAAAUUUGAAGUUUUGGAAUUGAUUGGAAGUUUUUUAAAUUGGGAUGAGGAUCAAAAAAUACAAUCUGGGCUAAUUAAUAAUCCUAAUCUUGCAAAAAAGAAUGGUGAAAAAAGUAAGAAGGGAUCUAGAACUGAAAAUUUCGUUUCAAUGUGGACAGAGUUUUUAGAGCGUGAAAGUGGUGAAUAG